AUGAUAAAGUUCACUAUAUUACCAAUAUUGCUGAUAAUCCAUGUUCUGUCGAUAAUUCAAAUUAGUGGCAGUAUUAUUGAUCAAUUGAAACAAUCUAAUGAUCCAGUGAUACAUCCUGAUACCGGAAUCGUCAUUAGUUAUUCAGAUUUGUUAUAUAUUGAGCGUGUUGUUCAUGAGCCAGUCAUAUUCUAUUUACCAGUCACAAAAUCUGAAUGCCUUAUGUUGAGUGCACCAGAUAUGCACGAAAACUUUUGUACGGCCGACGAAGGUGAACUACUCAAUCGUGAAAAGAGACAGCUGUUUGAAAUGUUCAGAACAUGGCAAACAAUCAAAAGUGGUUCGUCCUGGUGGUCAGCAGAACAAAACGUUGCACAAAUGAAACAAUUAGAGGAUCAAGCACAGAAAAAUCAAAUUACGUCAUCUAACAACAGUGCUGAAAUAUAUAUGGUGGCAAAUAACGAUUUGAAAUUGGUAAAAGAGAUGCAGGCAACACAAAAUGAAUUACUACAAAUCGAAAGUGAAAUAAACAAAUCGAUUCAUUUAACCGAAGAAUUAAAAAAUUUGCAUGAACAAAUAAUGAAAAUAUUAAAACGUAUGAAUAGUGACAACCUGGUUCGAACAAUGACUGACAUUUAUGCCAAAAAUUACAACUUCGAUUUCUUAUCGUCCGGAGGUAAAGGUUCAUUAUUAAAAUUGUAUUAUAAUCGCUUGAAAACUGUAUUAUCGCACACAAACGUAUCAACAGCUCUAUUACUCAAUCGCCUUAUUAUCGAACAAUCAUUACAAUUUAUUAAAUAUGUGAAUUCAAGUUCGAAUCGAAAUGCAUCUGUUGAUGAUACCAAAGUAAUUGGCAAGUUAAUAAUUAGUACAAUAUUGGGGUUUCCGGGUAAAAACGAUGAUGAAUCGGUAUUCGAUCUUUAUCAUUUAGCAACGGUACCAUUCUUCAACGAAGCGGUAGCACAUAUAACAACGAAUAUUCCAACCUAUAUUGGAAUUAGCCGUACACAUGACAAGUUUAUCGAACUCUAUUCGGAUGAUACUAAAGAUUGCACUAUAACAGGGAAAAUCAUGUUGUGUAAGCAUGAAUUGGUAGUGACAAAUGUUUUACAGAACUCCUGCUUACGACAACUGCUAAAAAUUGACAUGGACCACGAUGCUUGUCACUUUGAACGCGUACCACUUUCUCAGUUUCGUGUAUUAAAUGUUGGUGUGAACACAUGGAUUUUGGCUGCCACAGAACCGCCCCAGUGCUAUCAAGUCAUCCAAUGCUCAAGGCGAAAAUCGCCACGUCAGAUUAAUCCAAUGUCAUUACUAUCAUUAGAAUGUAAUACUACCAUGUAUUGUUUACCGUAUUUCACACUUCAUUCUGAUAUAUCUGCGUGCACAAGACAAACACAAAACGUAUUUGUUCUUUCUAGAGGUGAAGUUGUUCGUCAUAGCUCAGAAUAUUUGCAUUUAUCAAACUUUACAACACACAAUCGCACAUCCUUCAUUCAACCAAAAAGAAUGUACAGUUUAAUCAAAGAUAUCAAUAAAACGGCAAAUGCAGCUAAAGAUACAAGUGAAAAAGUAUCCAAAGUGAAAUUGUUCAGUCUGGAAAUGGAUCCGGGCAGCGCUACUGGUGCCGGAUUCGUUUUAAAUCUUAUAGUGAUUUUAGUCUUAGGUCUGCUUCUUACAUGUUAUGUGCACAAGUCAUUGAGCUGUAUUCCUCGUCUUACGUAA